AUGUCCAUCUUCUUCUCAACCCCCGUCGACAUCGACAUCGUCCUCGAUGACCCCGACAACCGCACCAUGGUCGACGUCAAGCUCGACAAGAACCGCCGCGAAAAGGCGCCCCUGUACAUGGACGGCGAGUCCGUCAAGGGCGCCGUGACGGUGCGGCCCAAGGACGGCAAACGCCUCGAGCACACGGGCAUCAAGGUCCAGUUCAUCGGCACGAUAGGUACGCAGCUU